ACCACUGCCUGCGGGUCACUGAAGCUGGAGCUGACUCCGGGAGACUUCGCGGUACUCGACCAGUACAUCGACCGCACGUGUCUUCGGUCGCGAACUUACUAUAAGGUGUCGCACAUUCCUCAGGGACGACCAUUUGAUCCCAAACUGCAACAACUGCUCGAACAGAGUUGCGCUCAAUUGGGUUUCAAAUGUCACCCGAAGGUUACGACUGUCACUAUAGAAGGUCCGCGUUUUUCCACUUUAGCCGAGUCUAAACUGCACAAGAGUUGGGGCGCAGACAUAGUCAACAUGACUACUGUUCCCGAAGCACAGUUGGCCGCAGAGUUGGGUCUCAUAUACGGUGCGCUCGCUUUGGUCACUGAUUACGAUUGUUGGCACGACUCCGACGACGAGUCCGUAAACGUUGAACUCGUUAUGAAUCGAUUGAAACAAUUGUCCGAAAAAGCGAAACAGGUAUUGGUUUUGACGGUUAAGAAGAUCUCAGAAACCGAUUGGACAGCACUGGUAGACAAAAAGCAAAGGGACGCCAAAUCGGCCAUCAUGUUUCAAUGA